AUGUUGAUAAUUUCAGAUUUAUCUAUUUUUAAAUCUUCCUUCACAGAAAAGCAGACAGUGACCAUUUCCACAGGACACUUGGUGGCUACAGCAGAAGGAAAAGCUGAACUCAGCUGCCAGUUGUCCCCUCCACAAAAUGCAGAGCACAUGGAGGUGCAAUGGUUCAGAAAAGACAAUUCCAAGCUUGUUCUCCUAUACAGAGGUGGCCAGACGGUGAAUGAAGAAGCUGCUCCAGAAUAUGUGGGUCGCACAGAGUUUUUGAAAGAGGCCAUUGGGAAAGGCAAAGUAACUCUUAGGAUUCAUAAUACCAGUGUUCCUGAUAAUGGAAUAUACCUUUGUUCAUUUAAAGCAAAUGACUUUGAUGGUAUAGCCACCAUGAACCUGAGUGUAGUAGCACUAGGUGUGGAGACACAGAUUGAUGUUCAACAGUUAGUCACUGCUGGAUUCUUAGUGGAGUGUGCCUCAAGGGGGUGGUUCCCACAGCCCCAGAUGGAGUGGAAAGACAGCAGGGGAGUGGUGGUUCCACCUUCAUCAAUAUCCUAUGCACAGGAUGAAUCCGGAUUAUUCCGUAUGAAGAUGACUCUUUUCCUCCAAAACCAGUCCCAUAGCAAUAUAACUUGCUUCAUUCAUAAUCCUCUAACAACAGAAUGGAAACAAACAACUGUCAUCCUAACUGGUGAACAGAGUGCAGAAGGGACUACAUCCAAGAUCGGCUGA